AUGGCAAAAAGGACCAAGAAGGUCGGAGUUGUAGGGAAGUACGGGACACGCUAUGGCGCGUCUCUGCGUAAAGUGAUGAAGAAGGUGGAGCUGCAGCAGCAUGCAAAAUACACCUGCCCCUUCUGCGGCAAGCUAAGCGUGAAGAGAGAGGCUGUCGGUAUCUGGCACUGCAGAGGUUGCUCAAAAACGAUGACUGGAGGCGCGUGGACAUUGCAGACUGCAGCAGCAGCAACUGUACGGUCUACUGUUGCACGUCUGCGCAAGCAGAUGGGGGAGGGAAAGUAA